CGAGUCCGAGCGCACCGGCCCCGGGCGGGGGCGGGGGCGUCCCGCAGGGCGUUCCGGGCGCCCGCCCCUAGCCCGGCGCGCGGGCCCGUCGCGGCCAGCCGGGCCGGCGGGAGCCGCCCGCGGGCGGCACUGGGCAUGCUCAGACGGCGGCCAGGUCGCGCCGCGAGCGAGCUUCCGCGCCGCCCGCACGCGCGACCUACCUGGGCGCCCCGCGCCCCCGGAUGCUGCAGACACCCAGCUUCCUCUCCCAGCCCUAGUUCUGAGAUUAGAACCGAGCUGCUGGUCUUUGGCAGAGGCACAGAAGCAGCUGGCGUUGGGGACCCAGGCACAAGAGGAUGGGCGUUGAAUGACAAGAAGGUGCAGACAAGGACUUGGAUGCAGAGAGACCAGGCAGGAAACCAGCAUCGAGGGAUUCUGGUUAUUCAGCGAUAGUUAUGACCUCCCGGUUACGUGCGUUGGGUGGAAGAAUUAAUAACAUACGCACCUCAGAAUUACCCAAAGAGAAAACGCGAUCAGAAGUCAUCUGUAGCGUCCGCUUUUUAGAUGGCUUGGUACAGACCUUUAAAGUUAACAAACAAGAUACUGGUCAAGUUCUCCUGGACAUGGCUUACAGCUACCUGGGUGUGACUGAGAAGGAGUAUUUCGGUUUACAGCACGGUGAUGACUCGCUGGACUCUCCCAGAUGGCUUGAAGCAAGCAAACCCAUCAGGAAGCAGUUAAAAGGAGGUUUCCCCUGUACCCUGCAUUUUCGAGUAAGAUUUUUUAUACCUGAUCCCAACACACUACAGCAAGAACAAACCAGGCAUUUGUAUUUCUUACAACUGAAGAUGGAUAUUUGUGAAGGAAGGUUAACCUGCCCUCUUAACUCAGCGGUGGUUCUAGCAUCAUAUGCAGUACAAUCUCAUUUUGGAGACUACGAUUCUUCCGUUCACGCUCCGGGCUAUCUCUCUGACAGUCAGUUCAUACCAGAUCAGAACGAGGACUUCUUAGCGAAGGUGGAGUCGCUGCAUGAGCAGCACAGUGGGCUAAAGCAAUCAGAAGCGGAAUCUUGCUUUAUCAACAUAGCUCGGACCCUCGACUUCUAUGGAGUGGAACUGCACAGCGGUAGGGAUCUGCACAAUUUAGAUCUAAUGAUUGGAAUUGCUUCUGCGGGCAUUGCUGUGUACCGAAAAUACAUUUGCACAAGUUUCUAUCCUUGGGUGAACAUUCUAAAAAUUUCUUUCAAAAGGAAAAAAUUCUUUAUACACCAGCGACAAAAACAGACGGAAUCCAGGGAGCAUAUAGUGGCCUUCAACAUGUUAAAUUACCGAUCUUGCAAAAACUUGUGGAAGUCCUGUGUCGAGCACCAUACAUUCUUUCAGGCAAAGAAGCUGCUACCUCAGGAAAAGAAUGUUCUGUCUCAGUACUGGACUCUGGGCUCUAGGAACCCCAAAAAGUCUGUAAAUAACCAGUAUUGCAAAAAGGUGAUUGGAGGGAUGGUGUGGAACCCAGCCAUGCGGAGAUCUUUAUCGGUGGAACAUUUAGAAACCAAGAGUCUACCUUCCCGGUCUCCUCCUAUUACUCCCAACUGGCGAAGUCCUCGGCUCCGGCAUGAGAUCCGAAAGCCACGGCACUCUUCUGCGGACAACCUUGCCAACGAGAUGACAUACAUCACCGAGACCGAAGAUGUGUUCUACACCUACAAGGGCUCCCUGUCCCCUAAAGACAGUGAUUCCGAGGUCUCUCAGAACCGAAGCCCGCACCGAGAGAGUAUAUCCGAGAACAGCCCAGCACAAAGCUGCCUGACCCAGAAGUCAUCCAGUUCUGUGUCUCCAUCUUCAAAUGCUCCAGGCUCCUGCUCCCCAGAUGGCGUCGAUCAGCAGUUCCUAGAGGACUUCCACAGGGUGACCACAGGGGGCAUCGCCGAGGACUCCAGCCAGUACUACUGUGACAAGAACGAUGGUGACGGCUACUUAGUCUUGAUCCGCAUCACGCCAGAUGAAGAUGGGAAAUUUGGAUUUAAUCUAAAGGGAGGAGUAGAUCAAAAGAUGCCUCUCGUGGUGUCAAGGAUAAACCCAGAGUCACCUGCAGACACCUGCAUUCCUAAGCUGAACGAAGGGGAUCAAAUCGUGCUAAUCAACGGCCGGGACAUCUCAGAACACACCCAUGACCAAGUGGUAAUGUUCAUCAAAGCCAGCCGGGAGUCACACACGCGGGAGCUGGCCCUGGUGAUCAGGAGGAAAGCCGUCCAUUCGUUUGCUGAUAUCAAAUCUGAAGAUGAACUGAACCAGCUCUUCCCAGAGGCCAUCUUCCCCGUGUGUCCGGAGGGGGGCGACACGCUGGAGGGGUCCAUGGAGCAGCUAAAGAAGGGCCUCGAAAGCGGGACGGUGCUGAUCCAGUUUGAGCAACUCUAUAGAAAGAAGCCCGGUUUGGCCAUCACGUUUGCAAAGCUGCCUCAAAAUCUAGACAAAAACCGAUAUAAAGAUGUACUGCCUUAUGACACCACCCGGGUAUUGUUGCAGGGAAACGAAGAUUACAUUAAUGCGAGUUAUGUGAAUAUGGAAAUCCCCGCUGCUCACCUUGUGAACAAGUACGUUGCCGCUCAGGGACCCCUGCCACACACCUGUGCACAGUUUUGGCAAGUGGUCUGGGAUCAGAAGUUAUCACUCAUCGUCAUGUUGACGACUCUGACCGAGCGAGGCCGGACCAAAUGUCACCAGUACUGGCCCGACCCCCCCGACGUCAUGGAACACGGCAGCUUUCACAUCCGCUGUCAGUCAGAGGACUGCACCAUCGCCUACGUGUUCCGGGAAAUGCUGGUCACCAACACCGAGACUGGGGAGGACCACACAGUGACCCAUCUCCAGUACGUGGCCUGGCCAGACCACGGCGUCCCCGACGACUCCUCAGACUUUCUGGAAUUUGUGAGCUACGUGCGAUCCCUGAGAGUGGACGGUGAGCCCGUCCUGGUUCACUGCAGUGCUGGGAUAGGUCGAACCGGUGUGUUGGUCACCAUGGAAACAGCCAUGUGCCUGAUCGAGAGGAACCUGCCCGUUUACCCACUGGAUAUUGUUCGGAAAAUGCGAGACCAGCGCGCCAUGAUGGUGCAGACAUCAAGCCAGUACAAGUUUGUGUGUGAAGCAAUUCUUCGCGUUUAUGAAGAAGGCUUAGUCCAGAUGCUGGAUCCCAGUUAAGACUGCUGUGAAGACGUUCAUUCCCCUUUCCCCGGGGCAUCCUCCUCUCUGGAAGCGGCAAGAGGAACCUGUAGGCUGUGGGAAAGGAGUGAGCACAUUUGACCCAGGCACUUUAAAUUUCUAUUACAAAAAAAAAAAAGGUAUCGUGUACAUAAGAACUGUGUAGAUAACGCAUGCGGUUAUAGCAUCAUGCAGCCCGCGCCGCCUCUGGAGAGAACCAAGCAGAAGGGGAGCUCAGUUUGGGGCCUGUCCUAAUGCCUUCCUCCCUCUCCAUCUCCAUAUUCCUGUAAACCAUCCUUAGGUAGUUAAGAGAGGACACCAGCCAUGCUGUGGACCUCCCAGAAGCAAGAUGGUGUGGCCGUUCAGAGUUACUUGGAUGCGUUGUGUGUCUGUGGGUCUAGGACUAAGAGCUGAGCUUUCCGUGGGUCUGGGCGGAGCUGAAACAGUGUUCCCAGCCUCGGUGAUGCUCGGGGGACCCCAUGGAUGUGCUGAGUGGCAGGGGAUGGGGUCUCAGGCAGAGGACAAGCCGUGCCUCUGUGCCCUUGUGCCCUCCCUUCCUUUGUCCAAUCUCCCUGCCGCGUCUGCCGUUUGGCGUUUCUGAGAAUCGUGUCCACGUGCCCUGCCUCCUCCCUGCAUUAGUGACCCUCCUCAGGUUCCCACCAGUGCCUGAACCGGACGAGCAGUGCAGGUUUCAGGUGAGUUCUCAGCCGAGACUCUGAGAGUGAGGACUCCCGGUGUCGCCCCGCGUGUGAGCUUUCGGAGCAGGUGCCUCUUGUGUCUGCCUCCCUCCUGCUGCACGCCCCGCGCCCAGGACUGGAAUCAUCCACUACUGAAUCUAAUACAUGGAUUGCUGCUACUUCGAGCUAUUACACUUGAACCAUUAUGAUUUUCCUGAGGGGAGAUGGGAUGUCAUCUAAACAUUCAGAAUCUUUGGCCCUUCCGAGGAAAGAUCUAGACAUUGAACCACGGGAAACCCAGCUUCGAGAGGGUUGCCUGUGGAUGUGUAUCUGUGUGUUGUGUUGUGUGUGUGCGCCCACGGGUGAGUGUCUGUCAGGAUUCCUAACUUGAUUCAAAUUACAGUUGAGUUUAUAUAAAGAAUGAGUCUCUGUAUAGAAGAACAAAUGUGUGCAUUCACUCUUAGUUACAAUGGUCUCCAUUUCAUUUCAAAGGAGAGGAUCAGACUAUCUGAAUACAAACACAAUUUGAUGUUAAUUUAUUCUGAGUACACCAAGAUUUUGAUUGUCCUAAAGAAUUCUGCCUUUGUUAAUACUGUGUUAAUUUUUUUUUUUAAUUUGUGACAGGAUUGUAGCAAAUUAUUAUUUAAGGAAAAUAAAUUACGUGAAAAUUUGAAUGUGGUAUUUUGAAAUAGUGGUUUUAUGUACCCAGAAAAAGCAGCUAACUAAGUAUCCAAUUUCUUGACGGGAUUUAUAGAAAAAGGAUGGUUCCAUGUUACAGUACACUGAUAUGAGGCCGUUUUGAUGUUUAGCAAACUCCAGACCAAUUGAGCAAAAACAUUUCCUGGUCACAAGAUGGAUAAAGACCUUUAUGUAGGGGCCAGGUUUCUAAAGUUCUUUGUCUCCAGACCUAGCAUAUUUCCUGCAUUCUUUCCAUCUUUUCCCCACUGACAUUUUACUGUUAAAUGACAGGGGUUGGGGGAGCUGUUGUACAGUAUCAUAACCCACGCUGGGCAACAGGAGAUGACAAAGCCCCAACCUUGUCAGCAUGAUACCAAGCUAGCUGAGUAUAGCGGCAAAGGCUUGGAGCUAAGGGCUGGGGGAUUUAGUUUCUGAUUCCUCUCAAUAGCUAGCCCUGGGCCUAGUCACCUGAAAGUGUUAUCUCCAUUUUCUCAUCUGUAAAAUAGGCGAACUAAAUAAUACUGAGGACUCUAGGUCAAAUAUGAGGGUUGAAUGAGAUCACGCUAUUGAAGUUUUCAUCAGCUGGAAUCUGACACUGCUCUGGAUGUAUUACUUGGAAAAAUUAAUUUUUUAGUGACUAGCCCCUAAACCCAUGAAACAGAAGUAGAAUCACUGAGGUUUUUGUAAGAGGAAAUCGCUUUUAUUCUCAAGAGAACCAAGGGCACAAAGGAAUAUCAUGCAAGUACUUCUAUUCAAUCUGGACUCAGAAAAUUCCAUCAGCCAGCCACCAAAAAAGAGAGACGGCUGAAGUAAAUUGAAAUGCCAUCAGGAUACUGAACAAAUCAUUGCCAUUUGAUAAAAGAGGCAUCACCACCCUGUGUAUAAAAAGCUUGUGAAGUCUAAAUGAGUUUGGAGAUUUGUGUUUUGUUUUUUUUUUAAAGAAAUGCAUUUUUUAAUAUGGUUGCAGAAAUGCUGCCAUUAUUUUACAUCGAUUACCCAAAAGUUUACCAAAGAUUGCCACCAGCCUUUUUCCGCCACUGUGCAGGCCAGUAGUUCAGACUCAGCAGAUGUUACCCGGAACAAAAUCCAUGCAAUCCUGGGGAAGAACAAGACAAGAGAAUUAUCAAAAGGAGUAAAACGUGCAAGUAGAUACUAUAGAUGCUACUGAUCAUCAAAUUGGGGAGUUCAGGAUUUCUGCUUCACCACCUUAUAUACUUAUGCAAUUGGACCUAAGAAGCCCUUAUUAGCUGUAAGUGAAGAACUUCAUCAAAAUCAGGAUAGAUAGUUUGCCUGGGAAAUUGUGGUAUGCAUGGAGAAGACAUUUACAUCCUGCAUUCUGGCACUCUCAGAAGAUCUGAUUAGACAUCAGUGUGCAGACAUAAGAUGAGAGGUCUCUCUUGGUGUCACUCCUUAGAACCUGCACUUGAUGUUGUUUGACUUUCCAGAAGAAAAGAUUCAACUCAGUUCAGUUGGGGCAGGAGGGUUAGAGAAGAAACUUGGGCUGGUCUUCAGUUCCUACCACAGUAAUUUCAUUUUUCACUUUGCUUUGAGACAAGCACAGAGGCUGUUGCUGCAGUUGCUGGUUGACGUUUUUUUGUUUCUCACAGAAGUUAUCUUAGAACCAGAGGCAUCGAAGAGGCAGCGUCAAUGGGGAGAGGCAGUUAGAGGCAGGAUGUGGGUCCAGACUAGACUUAGACAAGAUACGUCACCCUUGGCCCUCACUUUCCUCAUCAGUGAAAGGGAGGUUGGGCUCGACUAGAUGAGCCCUCUGGUUCUUUUCACCGUCUACCAUUCUGGGAGUCUGUGUUCCAGAGAAUCGAGAUUAAUCCUAAGCCCAAGCCUCCAGUAAGCUACUAGAGAGAGAUGUAUCAUGUUUAUAGAAUUUGUCUCCAAAAGCUGGUCCCUCAGUUCUUGGCAAAGACUCUGACCUUAGUCUGAGGAACCAAGCAGGGGUGGGGGGUCUGAUGGUCGGGCUGUCCAGCAUCUCUUAUAACUCACGUUCCACCUGGAACAACCAAGGGAUUUGUGUUAAGUCUUGUCGUUUUGAAAAGUAUCUUAAUUGAUCAGCGAUAUUUUGUCUGUAAAUUUGGAAUGUUUUUCAUUCUGGCCUGUUCUUACAGUGACUCUGCUGAAAUACAAUUUGAUCAAUAUAAAAACCUUCAAGCUAUGCAACACUGUUA